UGCGUCGCUCAGUCGCAUUGCCAAGCUCGUGGAGAACAGUCCAGCAAUAAACAAACGCCGAAAUGAAAUCAACAAUCAUCUUUUGCGCGCUGCUCUGCCUGGCGCUGCUCAGUGGCCAAGCGCGCGCCGCCGACUGCGACGAGGUCAAAAAUCCGGAGGACAGCGAUUUCAAGAACUUCUUCAAGAGCAUCGGCUGCAAGGUGAAGCAGGGCGCCGAGGACGUCGCUGAUGCGGCCAAGCCCUACACCGACAAGAUUGGUGAAGGCGCCAAGGAACUUGGCAGCUCCGUGGUCGAGAAGUACAAGGAGCUGAAGCACCGCCUCACCGACGAUGCCUCCACGCCCAAGAGCACGCUCGUCGCCCAAGUCGACGCGCCGACGGAGCGCGUGCCCCUGGCGCCCAUUGCGCCAACCGUGCCAGCUGAAAUUGUGGGCAACGCUCAACCCAUUGCUGGAUAAAUCUUCGCAAGGCCAAAUCCCAUAUAUACAGGACUUACUUGUUGUUGACUUAGCUAACCCUUCUCUUUUUUUUUUUUUUUCAUUCCCUAUUAUAUUAUUUUGUUUUUGAUAUUUGUUCUAAAAUAAGAAAAAAAAACCUGAAUCGAAAUUGAUUUUUGUUACUUAUAUGAUUUUCGUGAUUUCUUCGUUAAGAUCAAAGGCAGCUAGAGCACUGUUGGCAUUUGAGCUAUGCAAAGUUAACUCUUACGGACGGUUGAUAAGGAUGAUUUGAGUUUUCAAAUUUUUUACGGUGUUGUUGGAUCAGAUUUGGGGCUAAGUGUAGUUUGAGAGUACAUGCAUAUAAGUAUAUAUUCACAGAAGAGUACUAUUUCAGAUCGCUUAUGGAUCGGAUGAUAUAUGCAGUGGUUGUUGAUGGCUUAAAUAACCAACUAAGUAAAUUUCUUCAUACCGUC